ACCCUUGAACCGACUCAUACCACUCCACGUUCUCGCAAUCAAAUUUAUUUGCGGAAGCCAUAAGAAUAUCAUUAGCUUCAAAUGCUCACCAGAAUUGCCCCAUCGAUCCACCCCUUUGAUGUAGUUCUUCUUCUGCUCCGUCCAUAGGUAAUUCAUCUAUCCUUCAAUAAACCCGGUAAGUAGUCAUCUGUAACUGGCAAAUUACCGGAUUAAAUCAUCAGAAUUAGCAACUGAAAAUAAAAAUAAAUACUACAUUGUAGCCAGGAAGUUGUAGUGCACGAAGAUAAAUGUCAUGUAUUUAGCAUAAUCGAGGUAACGGCAUUUCCCUGCUCGAUUUUUGACAUUGACAAUUGGAAAUGAGUGGGUAUGGGGCUCAUUACGCUGAUGAUAAUGCCAAGAGUGAUGUUUACGUCGGAAAAGCGCGGGCAUAGGGGUGAAAUCGAAAAGGUACGCGUGCCUCUGGGGGACUUGCGCUGUUGGAGGUGGGUGGGUGGACGACUGGACGCUCUGGAGGACUUCUGGACACCUCGCCAGACCAGUCGUGCUUGGAUCUGCGUUCGAUUGAGUUGCUCGUAUCGAACACAGUGCGAUGCUCGGAGGGUUCGAACUCUGCCGAGGGAAUUCCCCGAGAAUCUCCCCUCGCGACUAAAUUUUUAGAAAAUUGUGUGGUGAUUUUGUUUUUAUUACAUGAUGAUCUCGGUUUGAUUUACUUCGGUGAUCAUUAUUGUGAACAUGACACAGUGUAGCAGCGCGAGUGGUAGCACCACUAGCUCUAGUGGCAGUUGCAGAAGAGUGCCGAAGGACCGGUCCAAUCGGGCUAUCGAGGAAAAACUUAUGGUGGCGGUGAGGAUCAGACCACUGGGUGAUGAUAAAUCCGGCCCUCGGGUUAUACAUGCUGUUAAUAAUAAGAUGGUAAUGUUGGAUGACUUGGAGGUAGACAAGCUCAAGCGAAGUUCCCCGCGACAAUAUCUGUACGAUCUGGUCCUCGGGGAAGGUUCCACACAAGCAGAUGUCUAUGAAGGUACGACAAAACCCCUGGUCCAGGAUAUUAUCGAUGGCUUCAAUGCAACAGUCUUCGCUUAUGGGGCCACUGGUGCUGGGAAAACCCACACGAUGGUCGGCAGUUCUGCAGAGCCUGGAGUCAUGGUUCGAGCGCUCAACGAUAUCUUCCUGGCUAGUCGACAAACCCCUGAUAACGUUGAUGUUCAAGUAACAAUGUCAUAUCUCGAAAUAUACAAUGAGAACAUACGCGACCUGUUGAAUCCCAGUACCGGUUACUUGGAGUUGCGUGACGAGUCUAGGGGUCGUAAUGUUCAAGUCGCGGGUCUCACGGAGAUAUCAACAAAUUCCACGGAGGAAGUGAUGAAGUUGUUGCACCGGGGGAACACCGCCAGAACAGUCGAGCCGACAGCGGCGAAUGAGACGUCAUCCAGAAGUCAUGCGUUGCUCAGUGUUUUGGUCAAGCAAACAAGUAAACCCAAGUCAGGGAGGGACAUUGGACAGAGGACGAGGGUUAAACAGGGGAAACUUUUUAUGAUUGAUCUUGCUGGAUCGGAACGUGCUAAGCAAACAAAAAACCAAGGAAAACGACUUCAAGAAGGUGGCCACAUAAACAGAUCCCUCCUGGCCUUGGGCAACUGCAUCACAGCCCUGUCAUGUGGUGCGAGGUAUGUCAACUACCGCGACUCUAAACUGACUCGUCUCUUGAAGGACGCCCUCGGGGGAAACAGCCGGACCGUCAUGAUCGCUCACGUAUCUCCUGUCGCAGCCCACCGAGACGAGAGCAAAAACACCCUCAUGUACGCAGAUCGAGCCAACAGAAUCACGAAUAAAGUCGAGAGAAACAUCGUCGAUGUGAACUACCACGUGUCCCAGUACCGAGACAUCAUCAGUGAUCUGAAGAACGAAAUUUCAAGGCUCAGGACGAAAAUGCAUGACUCAGAUCGACCGCGAUCCAACACCGACGAACCGAUCACAGAAGCUCAGUCGACUGACUUGAGAAGAUUACGGGAGAAAAUUGUUUCUGUUUUCAAGGAACAGAUGAGAUUGAGACGUAAGCUGAUGGAGUUGGACAGUCACCUACUCGGUUUGAAUAUUGCGGGGGAGCAGCAGCACGCGAUAAUCGCCCACUGGGAAUCCCGGAACAAUAAACUUUACAGAGCGAGUAAAGACUCAACGAGAAGACGAUCCAGUGGAGACAGCCAAGUCGAGGAAGUUGACAAUGAAGAUUCAACCGAAGAAGUCGAGAUAGAUGACGUAACCGUCCAACAAGCUUGGAACGAACUGUCAGAAAUCAGCAAAGAGCAAGAACGUUACUCAGAACUACGAGCCCUAACAGAACGGGAGUUAGAAACCUGCAGGCAACGUAGCGCAAAUCUUGAGGAUGAACUUCCUUCCCAAAUAAAUUCCGACCAAGAACGAGAGCUGUUGGCGCUGAUGCUUCGAGUGCACGAGUUGGAAGCCGACAAGAUGAUGCUGCAGAGUGAGAGGCUGGUGAAACAACAUGAGUUGAGAAGACGUGAAUUACUGCUAUUGAGAUACGACAGACAGAGACAGAUAUCAGACGAGAUAAUUACGAGACAGCGGAGGAUCAUGGAGGACGGCAAACUCGAGCUGCCGACAGAUCUCCAGGGGCUGUACCUCAUGUACCAGCAGGAGAUUCACGCAGCUGCUUACAAUGACAGCAAUCUCGUAGAUUUAUCUGUCUCCUCGAUGCUCUUCAAUAACCGAUUGCCGCCAAUUUCCCGGAAUGUUGAGGUCUUGGAUGACAGCAGGAUGGCCAGUAGCUCGACGGAUUCUGAUUGGGAAUCACCACUGCCGCCAAUUCCAGAGCCCAGGGAAAUCGAGAGCGUGAUGGGGCCUAUUGUUAGGCCCCUUGAUUCGCCGGCUUUAUUCAAAUUUCCGCCGAUUUCUUCGACCGUGUCGAGAACAAAGGACAAUAAGCUACGAAGAGUGGCGAGUGACAACAACGUGAGUCUGAUAAAGCCGUCGCGUGGAGGGAGAUCCCGAGAUAUUGGAAAACUAGAUCCACGAAAAUGACCCGGAUGAAGAAUGAAGUGACUGGACACGAUAAACUAUGCGUACCUGAAGACCAGCAGACCCAUUCAGGGAGAGUCUGA